UGCUAUACUCAACAUGAGAGUGGAGAAAGGAUCAUUUCGUGAAUCUUUCAAGCAUUAUGAAAGAAGGGAAUCGACCAAAGUGUUUGGUCUCAACCGGCAUUUUGAGUUAGUUUACAAGAAAGGACAAUGGAGGAUUGUUUACGAAGAUGGAGAUGAGGUGACGUUAAUGUACGCGAAGCAUGAGAGGCUGCCCAUGAAGGACUUUGCGGCCGAAGUGCGAGCAUCCAUGGACGUCGAUCAGUUCCUCAACCAAGCUGUGCUUCUUCUCGACGUGCAAGAGACUUCUGUCGAAGGAAUCAUCGACAAGAUGCUCCACAAGGUGCUAGACAGUCGGGAAUCCCUUAUAACAAUUGCCGAAGCCAAGGAGGCAAUAUUUACCGAAGACUCCGGUUUGAAUUCAGUUGAUUCUUCUACGGGAUCGAGGCGAUUGGGCGAUCGCCGAGAAGACCUGAGUAAUCUAGGUUCAAGAUCCGUGCAUUUACUAUCCCGUACCAUACAAGGAACAUAUGUGAGUGAAGGAGGUGGCUUCGACUACGACCAAUCAUGGCUUUGUGCUAUGUGCAACUUGGCUUCGUUGCAAAAACGACACGUAGCAAUUGCUCGACUGAAGCAUCCAGCAAAUAUGGGUAGAACAUUGCAUGAAGUGCGCUUUUUUAUUCUGGUUCUAACGCCAAGCAAAGAGAAAGGGACCAAGAAUGCUUUGGAGACGGGUCGCACUUUCGCCACCAUCUUCGCCGAUAUGGAUUUCCGACAAAGACUGUUGGAAGUGCACAGCGAAGCUGAAUUCAAGAACGUCCUCCUCAAGCACGCCCAAGACUUGGCAGCCGAGCAAAGCAACCCAUCCAAACGCCUCGGAACCCAUGACGGGGACCUUGACUUUGAUGAAACGAGAUGCAGGCUAGCACAAGGCUUGUGGGAUGAUAUUAGAAGAAGAUCGUCACUUUAUAUCAGCGACUUCAUAGACGGUUUUGUGGGACAUAAGACAAUCCAUAAAACAAUAUCGACCAUAUUUUUCCUCUAUUUUGCCUGCAUCCUUCCGACCAUCGCUUUUGGUGCCCUAAACGACAACAAUACGCAAGGGCAGAUUGAUGUACGUAAGUCCAUCAUUGGUCAAACAUUAGGUGGCCUUGUAUUUGCUCUGCUUGGAGGACAGCCACUCGUUAUAGUCAUGACGACAGCACCUUUAAGCCUCUAUACGAAAGUGAUCUACAAUAUAUGUCAGGACUUCCGCUUAAACUUUCGCGCCAUGUACGCAUGUGUGGGGUUAUGGAACACUUUCUUCCUUAUCAUUUUUUCAAUAUUUGACGUCAGUCGUAUUAUGAAAUGGUCAACCAGGUCUACAGAAGAAAUCUUCUCUUUAUUUAUCAGCAUAGCUUUCAUAGUAGAUGCAGGAAGAGAUAUGUAUAAAAAUUUUAACCACAAUUAUUUCUCUCCUGCCUGCAUGGAGGAGAGCAAUCCGACAGUGGAAUUUCCCUUCUGGCUCAGUAACUCCAGUAUCAACGAAUCUCAAGGGGAGGUUACUCUGUCCACUCCAUGUAAGCGAGAGAACAGUCUGCUCUUCCUGCUCCUCAUGUUUGGUACUGUGUGGCUCGCGGUUUCUCUUUAUAAUUUCAAUAAAACGCCAUACCUGCAGGCCAGUAAACGUGAAAUUUUGGCCGAUUACGCCUUGCCUGUAGCAGUUAUCUCGAUGAGCUUCCUAGGAUCAUUCGUUUUCAGGGACGUGGCGACCGACCAGUUCCGAUAUAAUGUAAGUUUGCCUCUUGCUCGAGCCCCAGUUGAGGAGCUUCCUUGGACUGCUUCAAUAGGAGCAUUGGGCAUGGGAUUUGUCCUUUCGCUGCUAUUUUUCAUGGACCAGAAUAUUUCAGCUGCGAUGGUGAACAAUCCAUGCAACAAGCUAAAGAAAGGUCCUGCCUAUCAUCUCGAUUUGUUCGUGGUUGGAGUAGUAAACGGGUUCCUUUCUCUCUACGGACUACCGUGGAUGCAUGGAGUUCUGCCACAUUCACCUCUUCAUGUUCGCAGCCUGGCCGAUGUAGAAGAAAGGGUUGAACAAGGGCACGUGUAUGAAAUAAUUGUGAAAGUACGGGAGACACGUGUAACGGGUAUCGUCUCGCACAUUCUCAUUGGCUUAUCGAUCUUUCUUCUUCCCUACCCUAUGGCUUAUAUCCCAACGGCCGUGCUGGACGGACUUUUCUUGUAUAUGGCCAUCACAUCGCUCAAUGGAAAUCAAAUGUUUGAGAGAAUCACACUACUUUUCAUGGAACAAGCUGCGUAUCCUCCAAAUCACUACAUACGACGAUGCCCGCAACGAAAGAUUCACAUGUUCACAUGUUGCCAAGUGUUUCAGCUAGCUAUCAUGUGCUUUUUUGGAUUCUCUCCGUGGUCUUACGUUAAGAUGGUCUUCCCAGUUAUCAUUUUUCUUUUACUUCCGUUCAGGCACAAGGUCGUCCCGUGCCUUGUUGAUGCUAAAUAUCUGGAAGCUCUGGAUGGCGAACAUCAAUGAAAUGCGUAGAAUCCUAGUUUAAU